AUGGACAUUGAGGAGAGGGACUGUUCAGGUGGGGGUUAUUUUGUGAAGAGGAAGGUUCUGGAUGAGUUACGCCUGGAUGAAGUGGCACAAAAAAGGACGUGGUCCACUAAACCAACCCUGAGUGAGCGGGCGAAAGAGACCCUGAGGUGUUCAGUGCCCAGGCUGAAGCGCACAGCGUUGAGCUGUGUCCCUGUUCUCAGCUGGCUGCCUCACUACUCCAUCAGAGAAAAUGUUAUAGGGGACCUGAUCUCUGGCUGCAGUGUGGGCAUCAUGCAUCUACCACAGGGCAUGGCAUAUGCCCUUCUGGCUUCCUUACGCCCAGUGUUUGGCCUUUACACUUCCUUAUACCCGGUGCUGGUCUACUUCAUCUUUGGUACUUCCAGACACAUCUCAGUAGGUACGUUUGCUGUGAUCAGCAUCAUGAUUGGGAGUGUGACAGAGAGGCUGGCACCAGAUAGUAACUUUAUUGUAAAUGGCACUAAUCAGACAGGAAGUGUGGACCUCGAUGCACGGGACGCUUUCAGAGUACAGAUAGCAUGUUCCGUCACAGUCUUGGCCGGAAUCUUUCAGAUCCUGUUAGGUGUGGGGAGGUUUGGUUUUGUGGUGAACUACCUGUCUGAGCCACUGGUCCGAGGCUACACCACAGGAUCAGCAUGCCAUGUAUGCGUCUCCCAGCUCAAGUACCUCUUUGGUGUCAUGCCAGCUCGCUUCACUGGUCCGUUCUCUCUUAUUUAUACUCUGGUGAAUGUUUGUUGGCUGCUGCUGGAGACUAAAGUGCCGGAGCUGCUGGUCAGCCUGGUUGCGCUCUUUGUUCUUAUUGUGGUCAAAGAAAUCAAUACCUGCUACAGACAGAAGCUGCCUAUGCCCAUCCCGAUAGAAAUCGUAGUGAUCAUAGCAGCAACAAUUAUCACCCACUUCUGUGGACUGACGAGUAAAUACAGCAUUGAUGUGGUUGGAGAGAUUCCCAGUGGCCUCAAGGCCCCUCAAGCUCCAAAUGCCACAUUUUUCUCACAAGUGAUAGGUGAUGCUUUUGCAUUGGCCAUUGUGAGCUAUGCCAUCAACAUUUCUCUGGGCAAAACAUUUGCCCUCAAACAUGGCUACAAGGUGGAUAGCAAUCAGGAACUGGUUGCCUUGGGUCUUUGUAACACUGUUGGCAGUUUUUUUCAGUGUUACUCUGUGACUUCCUCCUUGUCUCGCAGCCUCGUCCAGGAGAGCACAGGGGGCAAGACACAAGUUGCAGGAGUGAUUUCGUCCAUCAUCGUGCUCAUCACAGUUUUGAAAAUAGGUUCUCUCUUUUCAGACCUCCCCAAGGCUGUAUUAUCCACAAUAGUGUUUGUUAAUUUGAAAGGAAUGUUUAUGCAGUUCAUGGACGUACCUAUGCUGUGGAAGACCAACAAGGUUGAUCUGCUGGUGUGGCUGGUCACGUUCACAAGCACACUCCUGCUCAACCUGGACCUGGGUCUGGCUGUCGCCAUUGGCUUUUCCAUGCUCACUGUCAUCUUUAGAACACAACUACCACGCUACUCUAUCUUGGGCCAUGUGAGAGGCACUGCCCUGUAUCUGGACACAGACACCUACAAGGAGGCUAAAGAGAUUCCAGGAAUUAAAAUCUUCCGUUCAUCUACAACUAUCUACUACGCUAAUGCUGAGAUGUACUUGGAGGCCCUGCAAGAGAAGAGUGGACUUGAAAUUGGGAAGCUGCUGACUGCAAUGAAAAAACAAGACGCAAAGCUGAAACGUAAACAACAAAAAGAGAAAAAGGAAGCUAAAAGGGAGGCGAAGAAACAAAGAAAAGCAGUCAGCCACCUGUCCAAUGGCACAUUCUCAGAGGUGAACGAGAGGAAAGUCUCUGCAGGAGUUAAGGAACAGAGCCAGGGGAAUGUUGUAGCCUUAAGCCUGACAGAUACCUCUACACAUGGCCAUAGUAAAGGCCAAGUGAACAGGGCUUACCAAGAUGACACAACCAUGUCGGACUCAGAUUCAGACACGGGGAGCCACAUUUUUGACAGCAUCACCCAAGUAUCGAAACCGGGUGGUGAGAAAAAGGGAAAGGCCUGCGGAUCGAUUACGCACAGCAUCAUCUUGGACAUUGCGACAACCAGCUUUGUGGACACAGUCACUGUGAAGACCUUGAAAAAUAUAUUCAGGGACUUUGGAGAGAUUGAUGUGGACAUCUAUCUAGCAGGCUGCCAAGCAUGUGUCGUGGAGCAGCUGGAAAGGGCAGGUUUCUUUUCAGAGUCCAUCCCAAAGAGCAGGCUUUUUGUCACAAUUCAUGAUGCGGUGCUUCAUAGUCUCAAGAAACUGGGGCAGACUGACUUCGUACUUGAUGUAUCCUGCAGCACUCGGAUGUAACCAGCAGGGGUCAGGCUGUUCCAACUCUCACCAUCUUCCUCCUCCUCUUGUUAGACUGCUGGCUUUUCUAUUGCUCACUACUGCUCGUCAUUGUCUCCUCCCCCUUCAGUAGUGGAGAAUGCACCACCUUGACAUGGCGGCUGGUUGCCAUGGAAAUACAGGGAGCCGUUUCUGUGGCAACAGGCUUUUUAUGAUAUCUUCUAAUGAGACAGCCAGCAAUACGUCAUUGCAGCUCUCUCGCUCUGUGGUGUGUGUGUGUGUGAGAGACAGAGAAGGGGCGGGGGUUGAGUGGGAGAAUGUAACACUGGACUAAU